UUUGGACCUGCCCGGGGCAGGGGCCGAGAGCGCCUCGAUGGCUGCUCAGCGAGAGGGGAUCACCCCUCCCCUGCGAGUUCUGGAAGAAGCACUGGGCUUGGGCUUGACGGCUGCAGGGGACGUUGAGGACGCGGUGGCCGCGGAGGGCACCUACUACCUGGAGCAGGUCACCAUCACCGAGGCAUCUGAAGAUGAUGAUUUUGAAUAUGAAGAGAUACCAGAUGACAAUUUUAGCAUUCCAGAAGGUGAAGAAGAUCUGACGAAAGCAAUGCAGAUGUUUCAAGAACAGGUUACAGAUAGUCAAAUUUUGGAGCAGAAGACAGUCCUUCCUUCAAAGCGUGAAGUCCCUGAAGUAAUAGAAGACUUUCUCUGCAACUUUCUGAUCAAGAUGGGAAUGACCAGAACCCUUGACUGCUUUCAGUCUGAGUGGUACGAGUUAAUACAGAAGGGUAUAACUGAAGUUAGCGGUGCUGGGAACGUCCCAGAUGUGUACACCCAGAAUAUGCUUUUAGAAAAUGAAAACAAAAAUUUGAAGAAAGACUUGAAGCACUACAAACAGGCAGCUGACAAGGCUAGAGAAGAUCUGCUUAAAACUCAGAAAGAACGAGAUUUUCAUCGAAUGCAUCACAAGCGAAUAGUCCAAGAAAAAAACAAAUUAAUUAAUGACCUUAAAGGGUUGAAGUUACAUUAUGCAUCUUAUGAACCAACUAUAAGGGUGUUACUUGAGAAGCAUCAAACUUUACUGAAGCAGAAAAUGAUGACCUCCUUGGAAAGAGACAAAGCAGCCAAGAAGGUGUGUCUUCUGAGAAGAUGUAGAAGUAAUUACACUCCAACAGCAAUGAGUAAAUCCUAUGAUCAGAAUUCUGGACCUGGAACAAAAUUAAAGCUUAUGGAACCAGGGCGAAGUUACCAAGCUUCUAAAAUUAGAGUGGUUUCUGACUCUGAAAAGGACUGUGAACCAGAAGACCCUACUCAGAAAGGUUUUCUUCGUGAAGUCAGGGAACAAACCAAGUAUAAGACAAGGAUGAAGGAUAAUACAAAGGCCUCCAGCAGAGAUCGAGAGGAAGCCCAUGAGCUCAGUGCAAGAUCGACCCUCUGUCCAACUCGAUGCCUCCAUCAGCAGUUCAGAGGGAGCUCUCAGACUUGGAAUAAGACCACACCUCUGCAGGACAACACUGGCAGUAGACAACAGAGUGCCCGAACACUCAGAGAAAGGCUGCCCACAUACAGCAGGAGCCCAUCGGGAAAUUCUGAGCAACACAUGUCCCUGUCCAGUCUUUCCUCAAUUCCCUCUUCAACAUCCAAACCCUCCUCCACCCAUGUUCUUUUUACUGUUCAAAAGGAGUCUAGACCUGCCCGUUCAUCUUGUGCUGCAGAAAUCUAAUUCUCCCUAAGGCUCCUUGUAUCAGAUUUUCUGACCCAGUUUCUCCUCCCUCAUUUCUGACUCCCAAAACAUUUCUUCUGUCUUCUCUGGAACUCAAGAUUUUUGAUCAGAAAAAUUCUCUAUAGUUUCAACUUGCAUGAAUGUUCCCUUCAGCUUCUGUGCUAAUGGAAAUCUAGCUUUUCCUUAGUUAUAGUUUCUCCUGCAGCCAGUGCAAUUCUGGUAAAUGUUCAGCAAUCAGCCCUUUGGGAGGAAAAGCCUUCAUUUUUGUGUUUUCUAGUUUCUGUGCAAUGAAUACUCAUAUCAGAGCUUUUGAGUUACCAUCUUUCUUCAAAAAAAUGGAGUUGGGAAGGACGUCCAUGGUCAGCUCUAAGACAGCUCAGCUCACCAUGUGGUACAGGUACUGUUCAGGCUGACUGUUCUCUCCGCUCCCUACACAGCCCAGCUUUGGACCUGGGCGUCAGAUAACUGUGCCCUUGGCUGCUCAUUGCUGGUUUCCGUUUCCUCUCCUGCUCUCUCUGCUCUGAACACAUCCUGCCUUGAAUCUCCUAUCAUCAGAUCAUCCCACUGACUCAGUUUUUAUUACAGGAACUUUUUUCAGGUUAUUUUUCUUGGUAAAUUGAAAAAAAUCAAGGCCUAUGACACUGUCACUUUCUUAAACACCAGUCUUUCAUAAUUCCUUGUUAUUUAAGUAUUCAUAUGCAUGGGCCUUGAGAUGUGCUGGACUUCCAGUCCCUCGACAGCCUCUUUCUUUCAUGCCUGUUCUCCAUCCAUGCUCAGCCGCUCACUUUCUGGUCAUUUCCCAGGCCUUGUUAUUGCCAAUAAAUAUCACAAUUUUCCAUUUUUGUCACUGCUUGCUUCUUGCCUUCCCGACCUCAGCAUGUUGAGAUGUUGUAGAGCUCAGUUUAGGGACCUGUUUUUGCUGCCAUCUCUAUGUGGGUGUUUCAACAAGCCUCACUGCUUUAAAUUACCUAUGUAUUAGUGACUCCUUUUACAUCUUCAACUGAGGUCUCUUCCCUGAACUCUCAUUUUAUAUGUUUAACUGCAUACUUGCUCCUGCAGCUGGAUGUGGAUUCCUCACUAAAGCUGUCUCUCCUACAAUUUUCUGUAUCUUAAUGAAUGGAAACUCCAUCCUGCCAUUUACCGAGCCAAAAAGCUAGAAUUGUCCUUGAGUCAUUUCUCAACAUUUCACAUCAGAUGUGAAAAAUAAAUCCUUGGUCUAUCUUUGAAAAAUAUUCACACUUCUGUAUUUUGUUACCUGUUUGUUUUUCCCAUUAUCUGCAGCUUGCAUUAUUGCAGUAGCCUCCUCACUGGUCUCUUUGACUUUUCUUUGUUUUCCUUCUGGCUCCUUUGAACACAGAACAGAGUGAUUCUCUUAAAACAUACAUCUGUCUGUAACAUUUCUCUGUUGAAAACUUUGUUUGGCUUCUUAUCUUUCCCAGUUACAAGUAAAGUCAUUAUAGCCUCUGAGACCUGUGACAUGAUCUUGCCCAUUUGUACCUCUCUGGCCUUAUCUCUGGUUAGUCUCCCAUCUUCUAUUCAGUUACAGCCACAGUAGCCUCCUACCUGUUUGUAGAAGACUCUGGACAUGCUCCUGCCUACAGGCUUUCACACUCGAGGUUUCCUCUGCCCGAGUAUUCUUCCCUCAUGUCUCCUAAUGGCUC